GAGUGAACAACGUCGCGUCUGGAUCGCCUAGACGUCGUUCAAAGGAGCGGUGUCUGAUAUUAUUUCUUUUUGUCGUUCAUUAACGUUGUUCUCGAUUGUGUGUGCGCGCGCCCUGGAGCGUGACUGUGUACACGGAAUGUUGGAUGCGAAGGCUUCGUUACGACUGGCUUGCUGCUUGGCAGCUUUCAUCGGCGGCGUUCACUCAUACAGCAUGGAGAAUCCGUGCAAGUACCACAGCGACGCCAAGUGCACCGAGGCGUGCAAGCAGUUCAAGAAAGUGCCUCACGGAUACUGCAGGGGCGACCACUGCGAGUGCAGCACGCAAGCCAGGGCAGUGGUAGAGUCCACACCGGACCCAUGCCGGGUGCAGGACACCGGAGCGUGCGUCGUGAGCUGCACGGGUCUUUCCUUCGACAUGGGCCAGUGUGUGGAGCAAAUCUGCCACUGCCUCAACAUGAACGACGUUCAGCCCGGCACUAGGCUCAGCGACGCCAGAGCAGCCGCCUCGAAGCAGAUGGGUGCGAACGCCGCGGUGCAGCCCCAGCACAGGAUUGCGCCCGAUGGACGUGGUCACCCGCAACAGCCGCAACAGGAACUCGCGAAGCGGGUGAUCGGCUCGUCGCAGGAAACCUACGUCCCGCUACUCGACUUACUCUCAGUGCCAAAGGAUCUGUAUGACAUGGACCCGUGUUUCAAAGGGACGACGGAGCAGUGCAGGGUGGACUGCGGAAAGCUGCACUACGACCGAGCCACUUGCGUGCUCAACGUUUGCAGGUGCAGCAAGUGACGGCCACGAAGAGAUGACCGUUUCCGACGGUUAGCGUUGUGGGCUUAGACGUGCUCUCGCUCAGAAAGAUAGGCGACAUGCGAGGAAAUAGAUUCGUUCUCUCUCCUACAGUUUGAGGAAUGGUAAU